AUUGGCGUCCCUUUAGACUGCAUAAGCUCCAGGAUGCCAAUGUGAUAAUUCGACCAAGGCUCGGCAUCGCCAUACCUGCGUGUCCUGCGGCUCUCUCGACCAGGCAGAACACUAACAUCUAGCGAUAAGGCGACGGCAGGCUCUCGACAAGACGUGGCCGCCUGAACGUUUCCACGCACAACGCUGCGCAUCCACCCCCGACGUCGUAUCCAGACGCAGUAAGAAGUAGCUGCGAGGCCCGACCCGUCCUCUUCCCACGUCACGUCCACGCCGCCCCACGCCGCUCCUCGGCACCAGUCGUCGCCAUGAAUAUUGUAGAAUGGGCUUUCGGGAAGCGCAUGACGCCGGCGGAGCGCUUGCGGAAACACCAGCGCGCCCUCGAGAAGACACAACGGGAGCUGGACCGCGAGCGCGUGAAGCUUGAGAACCAGGAAAAGAAGCUGGUGGCCGACAUCAAGAAGAGCGCCAAGAAUGGCCAAAUGGGCCCUCUGCGGAUACAGGCAAAGGACCUAGUGCGGACACGGCGGUACAUUCAAAAAUUCUACCAGAUGCGGACACAACUGCAGGCCAUCUCGCUGAGGAUCCAGACGGUUCGCAGCAACGAGCAGAUGAUGCAGUCUAUGAAGGGCGCGACGACACUGCUUGGGAGCAUGAACAGGCAGAUGAACCUCCCUGCGCUCCAGCGCAUUGCUCAGGAAUUCGAAAAGGAGAAUGACAUCAUGGACCAGCGGCAAGAGAUGAUGGAUGACGCCAUUGACGAUGCCACUGGCGUGGAAGAUGAAGAGGAGAGCGAGGACGUGGUCAAUCAGGUCUUGGACGAGAUAGGCAUUGACCUCGGACAGGCGCUCGGUGAAACGCCCAGUGGUCUGCAGAAGAACACGGUGCCAGAGACCAGAGUGGCACAGGCUAUUGGGGGAGGCGGGGACCCCGACGACGACGAUCUCCAGGCGCGGUUGGACAGCCUGCGGCGAUGAGGAUGCACGCACGUGACCAGCAGCGGGCGAUGGGCGAUGGUGAGGCCACGUGACGGCUGGGGGCUGGGGACUGGGGACUGGGGACGCGGACUGGGGGCGUCGAGCUGGCUGCACGACGCAGAAAUUGGGAUUCGCACUUGGCGGCAAGAUUGUACCCGUACGUACACGUAGGUAGAAGGACUCGGUGCACG